UCAGGAGGCAGUUGUGCUGAUGAAGUGGAAGAGCUGGUUUUCCUUCUCUUGCACGACAUAUAUGUUUUGCAGGAGAGCGCUCUUGAUUUCCUUGCCUGGGAGUUGUGCAAUCUCUGCGUUCUCGGGAGGGGGGAGAGAAGGAGGUCGCCUUUCCUGGCUAGUGUGCUGCAGUGUGUCUGCCUUCGCAUCAAGAGUCCCCCCCUCCCUCUCGGUGCUCCCCAAGCUGUGAUCUCAAACCUGUGACUCAGAGACUUGCAAUCCUGACUCUGCAACGUGUGGUUGGUGGAGAGAGCGAAGGAACCGGGGCUGUAGAUCCCGAGCCAGGUACACUGCAGGACUUUGGUGCGGAGAAAGGAAGCUGUGAGCAGUGUGGCUGACAACUGCACGGGAUAUUUGCGAUUGCAAGAAAACUUCCUGCUGUCUUUCCGGAUAGCCUGGUGGAGGUCCGUUCAGACUUUCUUGGGUGUGUAUCUUAUUGGGGGAGGGGGAGGAUUCAUUGCAGAGAUCUAAAACAGAGAGGAUCAAUGGGGAUUUCCUUUCAUUCCGUGCGAGAGAACUGGGAGGUGGACCUCAGAAUCCCUUCAAAUUCCACAGGAUAGAGAGGGCUCACUACCAGGUCAAAAUCUGAAUCUGUUACAUCUCAACAUGGAUUUGAUUGGAGAGUGAAGAAAACUCUUUGCUAUCUUUUUCACUCUCCCCAUCUUCUGCUUUAGCAGCAGCAAUGGACUUCUGUUAAUCUGAUUUUCUUCCUGCAAGGACAGCUUGAACCAUGAGUCUACAGGCUCAGUCUAAGUCUUCGACAAAGAGGGCUGGGAAGCGGGUUGCAUUUUUCAGCGAACAGAGUGUCCCAAUGAAAGAGGCGCAACAGUUAAAAGGAGGACAGUAUUAUGGCCUUGGAGGGAGUGUAUCUUCUUCUCAAGCUAUGGAGCUUUCCAAAUCAGGAGUAUUCACUGGAGUCCCCAGCAAUGCUGCUUUUUUGAACUCUAUUUAUGCUCCAGAUAGAGGUGAGUCACGGAUGACUCCCCAGCAGCUGGCUGCUAUCAAGUGGCAGAACUCACUGAUGGGGAACCAGGUAGCUGAGAGGGAUGAUACCAAUUGGCAGCAUCAGCCUGGAGGAUGGAACCAUGGAAUGGUUUAUGGAGGCGGCCAGAAAGAGGGGCAUCCCAAUGCCAGUAUCCCAGGUUUCUACCCCCAUCCAGAUACCCUGAAAAGAAAUCGGGAGAAAGGUGUGGUAGUGUCUCACGUAGACAUGUAUGGAGAUGCUGUCCAGCAGAUGAUGUCUCAAAAAGCCCAGCUGGAUCAGCAAACACUAGCAAGACAGCAGGCCCAGAUGAAUUCUUAUCACCAGCUGCAAAAACAGAAGCAGCACCAGCAGAAUCAGUCCCUGCCUCUGCAGUCCUUCCAGGUAGCCUUCGGCCACCAGGGUCAAAAACAUCCUGAGCUGUUGCAUGUCUUUCAGCAGGCUCCCACUUCUGCCAGUCCAGCUUUCACCGCCCAGCAAAAGCAACAAGCUCUUCCACAGUUGCAGCUGUUUGAGAACUUCUAUCCACAGCAGCAGCAUCACCAACAGGCAGGCAUGCAAGCCUUUGGCAUUCCUCAGGCUGCCUCUUUAGCACAGCCUCAUGUGGUAGCACCGCCCCAUCCCACUCAGCAUCACAUGGUUGCCCAUCAGUUUCACACAGUUCCUGAGAGGAACCAGGAGCUCCUGAAAGCCCUAACAGAACAGAACCCACAGACUGUAUUACCUCAAGCUCAGAUCUCCCUACCAAGGAGAUCACGAAGACUCUCGAAGGAAGGUGUCUUGCCAGCAUCUGCUGCAGAGGAUGAGUUGGCAUCCAGGCCAGCUGAGGAGUAUUGUGGAAAUGCGCUAUCACAUCACUGGCAAUCACAGCAGCAUCCAGAAGUCCAGGGUCAAUGUCACUCUGAAGCACUCAACAGCACCAGAGAGGGUUAUCCACAGCUGAGCAGAGUGGAAAUAGAACAUGGGGAGAUGCCAGCUGGAGGUGAAAUGGAGAAACCAAGAUUGUAUGAAAGUGCCAAAGAGGGAGAAAAGCAGGUGGCCCUAACAGAUGGUGUUAACCAGAGAACUAAUGACUUUGGAGGAGUUAGAGGUGGUGUUAUCCAGAGCACCCGGAGAAGGCGACGUACAUCCCAAGAAGCUAACUUGUUAACUCUGGCUCAGAAGGCGGUGGAACUGGCUUCUCUUCAAAAUGUCAAGGAACCAGAAACUUCAGAAGAAAAGAACAAAAGUGAGGUGGUGGCAGCUGCACCAAGGAGUGUUGUGGAAUAUGCCAGUUCCCCACCAGCCCCAAAGAAAGUCCGGGAGGAUAGCAGCAUUGUACCUCUCAUCAUUCCUGUAUCUGUGCCUGUGAAGAGACUGGACUGUCAAGAUAUUGGCAGGGAGAAAGGUGAAGAAGGGAAGCUCCAGCGGUUCCUGACGAAUGACCGUGGCCUUUCUCAAAGCAAACCUUCUGUAAUAGUCACUAGGAGAAGGUCCUGUCGCAAUUUGAACACAGACAUAUCUGCUCAGAAUGAAGGCUCUGCUCCAAAAGAAGAAAUGGAGGGGUUUGCCCGGAAACCAAAGCAACGGCCCAGGCCAGAGCCUCUCUUCAUACCACCAAAAGCCUUUAUUGCUCCUCCAGUCUAUUCCAGCAUCACACCAUACCAGAGUCAUUUGCGCUCACCUGUCCGCCUGGCAGAUCAGCCUUCUGACAGGAACUUUGAACUACCACCAUAUACUCCCCCACCAAUACUCAGUCCCGUGCGAGAGGGCUCAGGACUUUAUUUCAAUGCUUUUCUUUCUGCAAGUGGUAACUCUGUUCCACCUCCCAUGACUCCUAAAAGUUCACACAGGACUCUGCUUAGAUCCAAUAGUGCAGAAGUCACCCCUCCUGUUCUUUCAGUAAUGGGAGAGGCCACUCCAGUCAGCAUUGAACCACGUAUCAACGUGGGCUCCCGGUUUCAAGCAGAGAUCCCACUUCUUAGAGAUCGGUCCCUGGCAACUUCUGACAAGCCCAAAGCAGAUCUGGUGUGGCAGCCAUGGGAGGAACUUGAAAACAACAUAUCAGUCCAAGAGAACGUGGAAAAUCUUCUGAUCGCUGCUUGCUCAAGUAUAUUUCCUGGAGGUGGUACCAAUCAGGAGCUGGCUUUUCACUGCCUACAUGAAGCAAAAGGAAACGUUCUGGCUGCUCUGACCAGAAUGCUGCUAAAGACAUCUGUGCGAUCUCCAAACCACCCCUUGGCAGACUAUCACUACACAGGAUCAGAUAAGUGGAGUAUACAGGAGAAGAAACUCUUCAAUAAAGGCAUUGCCAUCUACAAGAAAGAUUUCUUCCUGGUCCAGAAACUUAUAAAAACCAAGACUGUAGCCCAGUGUGUGGAGUUCUAUUAUACAUAUAAAAAGCAAGUGAAAAUAGGUCGCAAUGGAACCCUAAUCUUUGGGGACGUUGAUGCUACUACUGAACGAGCUGUUAAAGAUGAAGCUGAAAUCGAUGUCAAGAGUUCCCAUAGGCUUACACGAACUCUUCCUCCCAGAACAUACAAUGAAGAUUAUGAAAACACAGAGGAUGAGGAGGAGGAAGAAGAGAGAGAGGAAGAAUUGACCAUAAAAGAAGAAGUAAUAGAAGAGGCGGAGCUCCAAGACAAGAACAGCAGCACAGCACUUUCCAAGCCCACAGAGGUUCUACACACUGAAGAACAGGCUGGCAGCAACCUUAUAGAAAGGUGCCAGGAACCUGAUGCACCUCGAGGGAAAGAGGCUAGGGAGCCUGGUGCACCUCGAGGGAAAGAGGCUAGAGGAAGAGCUUCAAGGAGGACCAAAGAGACUCCCAUUAAAUAUCGAAGAACUUCUCCACCUGCACAGAAGAGAAAACGAAAGCCAAAGCCUAAACAAGACACCACCAACAAAGCCCAGAACCAAGACGAAGAAUUUCCAUGUAAAAAAUGUGGCAGAAUCUUCUACAAGGUGAAAAGCCGUAGUGCUCACAUGAAGAGCCAUGCUGAGCAGGAGAAAAAGGCAGCUGCUCUGAAGCAGCGAGAGAAGGAAGAAGCUGAGGCGGCGGCAGCAGCGGCAGCGGCAGCAGCAUGUAGCGAGGCCCAACGUGACCAGAGCAGUGACAGUGGCAGUAGCAAUGGCAGCAGCAGCUCCAGCUCUGAUGAGGAUGGAGAGGUUUAGCAGAGGGCCAGAGGAGGCUGACAGCACAGCCAGACUGGAGCCAACUAUUCUUCAUACACUUACAUCUGUACCUUUCUUCAUCUAGGGAGAUUCUGGACUCCUCCUUUCCACUCGCCUCGCUAAAUGCAGCUGGAGUUGAACUGAUGGAUUAAAAGGACAACUUGUAACCUUGAAAUUUUUAUUUUUUACAAAACAGCUAAUAUUUUAUGAAUUGUUUUAUUUAUAAAAUGAACAAAUUGCUAUGGAGUAGGACUCCAUGUUCCUUCCGUACAAUCCAACCUUCCUUGUACUGAUCAGGAAUCAUUGUAGUGAGUCUUAGGCAUGACAUCCACACCUGAGAAGAUAAAUGUAUGGGCUCAGAUGUUGACCUCUCUUUAAAACUUUAAAAGAGCUUUCCCAAAUAAUUCAGGGAAUUCAUAACUUUUCCUACAACUGCUGUGUUUUCCAGUUUCCUAGUUUUCUGCCCAAUUCAACCUUUGCUACAGGUCUCAAACCAUCUAAUUAGGGAUGUAAGCAAUAUACAUUUCCCCUUCUCUUUCAUAUAUUUUGUACAGCAGGUAGGUGCCAAAACAAAGCUUUUAAUGGACAUGGCAACCCCCCCCCCCCAAAAAAAAAAGACUUGAGAAAACAAACAUUUGAAAGACUCAAGAAGCUACAUAACAAGUUAUUUCUCAAAGAAGCUGACCCUUCACUGUUGGGGAAAAAUGCUACAGAAUACUAACUUUAUUUUUUUACCCUUUUUGCUAAUGAAAGCAGACUUCAGCAACUGGGGAGGUCAUAGGUCAAUACUACAGUACAUGCGGUGUUUAUACCUUGGCCCAGGUUCAAUCUGGCAUUUUCAGAUUAGAAAUAUCUCAGGGAGUAAGGCUAGGAUAGGCCUCUGCCUUGAGAUGUUGGAGAACCACAGAAGGCACUUCAGUGAUUGAUAUGCAGCGAAUGCUCAGUAGAUUAUUGAUAAAAUAUGUACAAUUAUGAAAGUGUCAGUGAUAAUGUUUUGCUGUUUAUGAGCGUUUGAAAAUGUCAGGUCAUCAGUGAAGACUCUGCAGCUAAGGGGGCAGCUGUAUGUGAUGUUCAAAAUUAGUCUGUAAACUUACAUCCUGGAAGGAAUGAGGAUACUGCCAUAAGAUAUUGUAGAAAUUCUAAAUAUUCAUUUAGUGGGUUUUAUGCAAAUUUCAGUAACUUCACCUGCAUAUUCCUGUUUCCUCAAUGACUUCACUUGCAUAUUUCUGUUGCCAAAUGGUUCUUUUACUUUCACAAAAGAAUGUUAAUACUUACAAAAAUUAAACAGUGCAUCAGUGGAGAGAAAGAAGGCAUGGAAAGUAGGCAUUCAACCUUUAAUUCUUACUAGCCCUUUGACAGUUCAGUGGUGGCGGAGGGUGGAACUUAUACAAAUUAUAUCUGGAAUGUAUUCAGUACUCCAAGCCAAAUUCAUCUGUAUGUUGGAAUAGUAAAAUGUCUUCUCCCCCUCUAAAAGAAAUGCUCCAGAGGCCCAGAACCUGUUUCAAACACCCAAAGCUUAGAGCCACACUUUCAGAUGAGGUGGAAGGUUUCUACUAAGUAGAUUCCUUCCCACCACACACACUUUGCAUAUUUAAUAACUCACACUAAGUUCUGUAGAAUGUCACCUCAUCAUCUUCCUGUGAAAAGAAGGAAGGGCUAUCAAAAGCACUUUAUGAUAAAACCAAUGGGAGAUAUUUUGCCCAACGCCCUCCCCCUCCCCAAUCCAUCUGAAUUCCAUUGUUUGAAACAAAGAAUUAUCCGGAUCACCAUUUAAGAUGAUGGGAUUAUUUUUUGUUUACAGAAAGAAAACCAUAGGUGGCAAAAAUAUGGUAUCUUAGGCCAGACAUUUUUUAAUUUGAGCUUAAGCAUUUGUAGACUAGAGCCCACUUCCUCAAAUACUUAUCAGGGAAUGCUUUUUGUUAACAAGACCUGCAACUUCACACCCACUAAAGAUUUUAACUGUCUAAGCACUGAAUGAUCUCUGUUAUUCCUGAGUAGAAUUUUACAUAAUGAUAUUUCACCUUGAACUUCCUACAUUUCAUAGUCCCUUGAUCUUCCAGUUUAUCUCUAAGACCUUCUGCAUAAAAUGACUACCCUAUGAGGAUUUAGUCAUUAUUCCCUGAUGACAUCGGCUUUAAUACAAGACAGUUUAUGCUGGAAUGAAAAAUUAUAUUCGUCUUGUAAAAUGUUGCCUGUUUGUUUUUUGCUGCAGCAGACUAAUGUGACUAUUCCUCUGUUAAGUGUAAGUGGGGACAUCAGAAUGGAUCCAGUGCAGCAUUUCUACACAUGCAAGAACUUCUGGCCUCACAACUUCCUUGGUUCCCCUCCAUGGCAUCCCCAAAUGCAGCCUGAAAUGUUGCUCCUGGGGUGGGGAGGGGAUCCCCAGGAGCAGACUGAGGAAGACUUUUCAGGCUGCCAGCACAGGAAGGAGCCCCAGAAGUCCUUACAACAUGGAUAUGCCAUGCUGGAUCCACCUCAUUGUUUACUAAUGUGCAUGUAACAAUGUCCCGAAAGCAGUAGAGCCACUUCUUUAUGUAUUCUGCCAAAAAAAACAAUUGUGAAGGGGGAGGAAUUUAAUCACAGAAGAUUUCUAAAUGGAGGCACAGCAGACAUAUAUUGAGAUUUUUCUUUACAACUGUGAGUGGCAGAGGCUUGUCUCUUGGAACGUGAAAGCUACCAGUUUCGAGAUUUCUGUAGAAUGCAUUACACUUUACAUAAUAUGUUUUAGUGGUCAGUUCACAAUAGGGCCAUGACCCAACUGUCUUUUGGUCCUGAAUGCUCUUAGACUGCAAGAUUCUGGAGAUAUAUAUGUAGGUAGCUGCAAAAAAAAAAAAAGGAGCCAUGUUAGGGUUAACCUUUGGAUUUAAAUCCUUCCUAAAUGAUCAUGUGCUGUGAGGGAGAUCGAUUGUCUUUGUCAACAUGCUAGUUUAUGUGCUAGGGGGAUUUUUAUGUGGCUCAUGGUCAACAGCAGACUGUGUCACUUGACUGACUGCAGCUGUGUUCUGAAAGGCAUGGCCCAGGGCUCAGUUGCCAGAGCACUCACUUUGCAUGGCUGCUGGCCCUGGCAUUUCCAGUUUCAAAAAUCUCAGAUAGUAGAGAAAACUGCUGCUAGUCACAAGACAGAGCUGAGCUAGAUGUACCAACUUGAUGUGAAGCAGAUUCAUUGUUCACUUUAAUUAUAGCGAAGCAUCUUGGAAGCAAUCUUUGAAUUUGUUCAGUGGCCAGUCAAACUCUCCUUUUUUUAUCGGAGUCAUUCAAGAACUUUAUGCUCUUGGAAAAGUGUAGAACUUCGUGCAUUUCAUGCCAUUCAGGAGUUAUUAACUCAGGAGUAGUUUUGAGAAUCUGACAAGAUCAGUUCAGGAGUAGUUUUGAGAAUCUAACAAGAUCCUUCCCCUGCCAUUCAGUUCGAUAGUACUCAGCAGCCUAAGAACCUCUGGUAUAUAAAACAUUUCAUUUUGUAGCAGAUGACUAUGAAGACAUUAAAUUAGAAACUAUAGUUGCAAAUCAGCUGUUAGUUUCCUAAAAAUAGCAACUGAGCUGGAUGUUACCAUUUCACAUUUGGAGUGGCUAUAUUUUAAGGUCUUGCAGGGAGGCUAGUAAGUCUAGCAAAGUAUGUGUUGGAAAUGGCUCCAUCCUUUAACUGGGCACAUAAAUCAGCCAGCAAUUGUGUUCACUGACUGUAUGUACAAGGUUGAAUGCUAUGAGUCUGCCAUGUAAAUAGUGGAAACCUCCUCCAAUGGAAGAAGUGUGUUCUGUUAUAGGCUGUUAGUGAAACUGAUUCAUAGAAGCCCGUCGACUGAACAGAACAGAAUGUUCGGCAACUGUGUACAUGCAAAGUGCUGUUAAGUUGUAGCUGACUGAUGACAACCUCAUAUGGUUUUCAAGGCACGUGAUUAAGUAGGGGAGUUUUGCCACUACCUUCUUCUGCAGUCUUCCUUGGUGGUCUCCCAUCCAAGUACUGACCCUCCUUAGCUUGAGAUGAGUUUGGGUUAUAUUGUACCACAUCCUGUUGGGCAAUUAGCAUCCUAUUUAUCAUACACAAUCCUAUAAAUACAUUGCCAUGAAACUUGCUGAAUGUAUUGGGCUUCGUUUUGAAUACAUGUGCUGAGGAUCAUAUUGUACACCCAGUUAAGCAUAAGGUGGUUGAAAAUUCAAAUGAAUGUUUUCUCAUCUGUUGAAAACACAUACUUCUAGCUGAUCCAGUAAAUCUGCCUGUUGUUUACGUGUCCUUCAGAAUAAUUAUUAAAUUUGUAUGACCAACUGUGUUAAUGUAGGGAGCAUGUGGUUCAAACAUCUCUUGCUUUUAAUGAUAGUGAAGUGGACACUGUUUAGCCACAUGGUCAGCUUCCAUCUGUUUUCAGCUUAUUACCAUAUGUGUAUAAAAAACUAACCUUUGGAGAUUUUUUUUUGCUGCUAUCACAAACAUUUGUAUCCUGAGUCUUUUUUCCCAUUGCAUGCCUUCCCAUUUGUGCAGUUUCACACAAAUGAUCUACUAGUGUGCACUUUAUAGGAUUUACUAAGUGUCCGGGAGGUGGAAAGAGCAUAAACAUUUGUCCCUUUGGCUCCUCUUUUUUUCCCAAGGACCUUCCACUAGGGUUCAGCUGCUGCUUUUAUCCCAUAACAUUUACCACCGUGCAGGCUGAAAUUCUCCAGGCACUAGGUGCAACUGCUGCACAUUUCAGAUGACUGCUUGGGAUUCCUGUGCAAGCUGUGUUGAAAUGAAUGACAAUUUUGUGGCUGGCUAUAGUGCCAGAGAGACUGUGGCCCUAAUCUGCAGCUGCUUACGUUUCCUCUCCUCCCCCCGCCUUCUGAAAAAUGGGAUUUAUAUCAACAGCUGAGCCUAUAAAGAUCCCCAGCUGCUUAACUUUAGGAGGAGACGAAUAUAUAUAUUUUUGUAAAAUGUAUUGGAGUUUGGGCUUUGUUUUUUGUCUUUCUAAAAAAAGGCACCUCUUUACAUCUUCAAGUUUUAUGAUUGCUCUUCUGAAGCACAUAUUUGGUACAAAUUGGCUUUUCUUGGGUGUAUGUUUAAUUUGUAAUGCAGCUUUUCGUGUAUUGUACAGAAACAGUCUCCUUGUAAUUAUUGUAUAAAUGCUUUAUUAAAGAGCUUUUAUUUUAACAAAUGAGCAAGAACUGCCUUUUGCUGCACCUUUCAAAAAGACUGUUACAUAUUAAAAUAUUGUACAUACAAAAAUACUAUAUACCUCUUGUGUACAGAUGUCAUAGACCAGACAAUUUAUUUUUGUGCUUUUUUUUUUUUUACAAAAUAUUAAUACACUAAAAGUCUCGCUGAUGUGAUUAAUGUACUCAUGUAACUUAUUUACUUCUGGAUGUUCCAUUGUAUCUUUUUAAACCUUUUAUUAAAUAAGGUUUAAAAACAUUUUUGUAACAAGUAUUUUUUUAAUUGAACGUUUUAAGAUAAGAGUCUGGAAAAAAAAUCACAUCUAAUAUGGUGCUUUUCGGGACAUAAUUAAAUAUGAUCCAUGUGCUGCAAAA